UACUUUCCAAAACAAAAUCCCUAACCCUAACCCCUCUUUAUCUUCAGAAACCAAACAAAAAAAACCCUAAACACACAAAACGCACACACGCAGAGAGACAGAACAAUGGUGUGCAUAAGAAAAGCAACGAUGGACGACCUGAUAGCGAUGCAAACAUGUAAUCUUUUCUGCCUCCCUGAAAACUACCAAAUGAAAUACUAUUUUUAUCACAUCUUGUCUUGGCCCCACCUUCUUUAUGUCGCCGAAGAUUACGGCGGCAAGAUUGUCGGUUAUGUUCUUGCUAAGAUGGAAGAAGAAACCACCGAGUGUCACGGCCAUAUCACGUCCCUUGCCGUCCUCCGUACUCAUCGGAAGUUGGGUCUUGCUACUAAGCUCAUGACUGCUGCUCAACAGGCCAUGGAACAGGUGUUUAGUGCCGAGUAUGUGUCUUUGCACGUGAGGAAGAGUAAUCGUGCAGCAUUCCAUUUGUACACCGAGACAUUGGGAUACAAGAUCCAUGACAUAGAGGCAAAGUACUAUGCAGAUGGAGAGGAUGCAUAUGAUAUGAGGAAACAGUUGAAGGGAAAACAUCAGCACCAACACCAACAUCAUCACCACCAGCAUGGUGGUGGUUGCUGCUCUGGAGAUGCAAAGGCGGAAUGAAGAAAGUAUGAUUGAACUGUAAAAGGUUGUUAUCGUCAUUACUUAUAUUCUAUUGCUGUUAUUUUUUUUCCAACCAAACAUGUUAUUGUGUUAACUUAAUGAUAAUGUUUAUCUUAUUGAUAGUGUUUGGGUUCUGUUUUUGUUGAAUAAAAAGUCUUAAAUA